AUGCUCUCUUCAUCCUCUUCACGUGGCCAUAGCAGCUCAUUACGUCGCUUCUUUCAUCGCCGACGUCAUCGACUAGCUCGUGGUGCAUCGAAACAUACAACCCACGCAACUGGAGCAGCUCUGCAGCAGUCACAAGCUCGACGUAUACGUUUAUUGAAUUCCUGGAGUCUACCAGAGCUUUUUGUACUACGAGAACUCGUUCAUAUUGCUGUACAAAAGACUACAAUUACUUUGAAUGUAUCGAUGGAUCUUCAAGCUCUUCAAUGCGACGCUCGCGGUGAAGAACGGACGCGUAUUGGCGUCAGCAGCUCGGCAAGUUUCAGUUCGUCCGCUACAUCAGCUACACCGCCGUCAGUCGCUAGUUCCAGGGGCUUGGACCGUCAUCAACAACUCGAGAUGAUAAUUGAGUCGGCUCUUGUACAUAGCAAGCGUAUUCACUUUAGUCGACGCGCCAAUUUGAGGCUCCGACUCAAUACGAGGCGGCAGUUUGUGCGGCUUUUUCCACUGCUAGGACGAGCAUCAAAAGCAGCGCAAUAUACAUUGUUCCAAGCAUUUGACGCCAAUAAAACGGGCAAAAUCGAGUUUGAAGAGCUGUGUGAGAUGCUAGUCAAAGUGAAGGUGGCUAGAAGCUCGUCAGUACGAGAGAUGGCAGAGUUAGCAUUCGCUUGGUUCCAAGGAGAUGGGAGUAACGCAGUGAUGACGAGUUCUGACGUGAAGCUACUUGCAGUGACGGUUAGAGAGCUUGGCUGUAACAGUAAAGUGCAGACAGAGCAGGGGUACGACUUGGCGUUGUCGUUGAAUAAACUCUUGUUGGGUGCAGGACAGAGCCAAGUAACAAAACAGCAUUUUUGUCAAGAGAUGGACUGUGAAUUGGGUGCACAUGUGCUACAUGUGCUGCUAGCACCUUUUGAAGUGGUGAAAGCUUUGUUCGAUGAGGCGUCGAUUCUCCAGGAGAUGGAUAAUAUGCAGUGGAAGACAGGCGAUACAGCUUUUGUGGUGUCGAGUAGCUGGUGGAAUAAGUGGCAGCGAUAUGUUUGGUCUGAUCACAGUCACAAUUUCUCACUGCUCAAGAAGACAUAUAAAAGUAAUGAUAGUGAAUGGGAGCAGGAAGCUGGAGACCAACAGAUGCAGGAGCAGAAUACCCAGCAGCAGCAACAGGUUCGGUUUACCGUUUGCCACCCUCGUCCUGGACCGAUUGCAAAUAGUGAUAUUUGUGCGAACGAGCAUUUGAGUACCUUACGCCGCGAUCUUGCAGAGGGAAAAGAUUUUGUACUUGUGCCUGGUGGUGUUUGGAAGCGACUCUUGCAAGUUUACGGUGGGGGACCCGCAUUUCCGCGGCGAAUCAUUGGUGCAUUCUCAGUUGGUGAACAACAAGAGAUGCCUUCAGGAGAGGAGGAUGCGAAAGCUAACGAUGCUACUAUGAUGAUGUCAAAGCCCGAAGGAGGUCAACAGGAGCAACAAGUAGAUGUUGAAUUGUAUCCCGUGGCGCUACAGGUUCGUCUAGCACGACAUGAUUCGCGUCAUGUGUAUCUGGUGUAUUCUCGGCGGUUCUUGUUACACCGUGCUUCCACCCUGAUGGAAAUUGUGCAUCGAAUGGGCAUUUUUCCAGGCAUUAACGCAAGCGAGGUCACGCUUUGGCUACGCCGACGCCGUCUUCAAGCAUGGGUGCGGCUUGAAUGUAGCCUUGACGAUCCACAUGCCAGCUUGGAAGGAUUGAAAAUUACGAGUGCUCAAGAACUACUUGUGGACUUCCGAGCAAUGGACAUUGACACUGACCCACAAAGUAUUGCGCAGCAACACUUACGAAGCAGUUUAGCAACGAUUCUUCCUCGAACGCCUUUUGCCGUCGCCAUGCUACAGCCCGUGGGUAAUGACUUUCUUUGCUGUCCGAGUUCAAGUCUUGAUAAGUUUGCUAGAUCUGGUGACUGGAAGGUUCUUCGCGAGAGUAUGGCUGCUGAACAGGAGGCUGCUUCCAGUGCAUCGUCAGCAUUGUUAGGUUCUGGGCGUAUACUUGCUGGGCUUGCCAAACAAAUGGAAACAGUAGCGAAAACGUCUCGUGGAAGGUUACUUGCACAUGUUGGUCUUCGAGCUACGGGGCUUAUUAAUAUGGGCAACACCUGCUUUAUGAACAGCGCGCUUCAAUGCUUCUUUCACUCGCCAGUGUUUCGUGAGUACUUCUUGUCAAGUCGGUUUGAACCCGAGGUAAACAAGAAAAAUCGUCUUGGUAGUCGAGGUGCCAUUGCUGCAGCGUAUGCACAACUUCAGAGUGCUCUUUGGCGCGAGCGUGACCAAGGCUACCUGCUGCCUGGUCGAUUUCGAGACGAAUUCACGCGAGUUUGUAGUCAUUUUGAGGAAACGCGCCAGUAUGAUGCUCAUGAGUUUAUGGUUGCGCUUCUCGAUUGUCUUCAUGAGGACCUGAACCAGGGCUGCCGCACGAUGUUAUCGCCUACUGAAGACGUCAUUCAAGAAAAGGGCUCAAGAUGUCUGGGUUUUGGCAGCUUCAUUGGCGAAGAUAUUCAGGAAAGUGAUACUGAAGAUUCUCAGGCCCAUUUUGAGACAUCAGGGACAACUUUUGAUGAAGUUCAAGGUGAUGCUGCUUGGCAUGAUUACACUAGUGUGAAUUCUUCCGUCGUGGUGGACCUUUUUCACGGCCAAAUGCGUAGUGAAACCGUUUGCGGUACGUGUGGCGAGCGCAACUGCACGUUUGAUCCGAAUCUGUUCUUCAGUCUUCCCAUUCCAGAACCGAAUUUUGUACGUGUAGAGGUGAGCGUACUGUUACAGGCGCGAAAACUACCAGGUGACGAUGACGAUUCAGGCACGGCACUACAAGCCGAGCAGCGGGGCUAUUGGCUUCGUCGAGGUAGUAACGUAGGUGCACUUUGCGAUCGUAUUGCAACUGUGCACGUACGUGCUAGUGGAAACCGGUUUUUGCUCGUGGAAGUAUGUCGAAAUCGCAUCAAGCGAAUUGUUGAAAAAGAUGAGCUUGUUGACAAACUAGCAACAGCUGCUCCUGGAUCACUUGCUGCUUAUGAACGUGCUUGGACUCUUGCAGAGAUUCCCGUUGUUCCUGCCACAAUAGUCGAGUACUAUAAUGCGUGUGCAACCGGUAUCACUGAUGCUGGUGCGAAGGAACGUGCUGAUGAGAAACUUCGAAGCUUUUCUGAUCUUCAGGUGGGCUCACGUGUUGAUGCAAAAGACAACCACAAUGACUGGCGCACAGGGACGGUGAUCGAAGUAGCCGGAAGCCGCGAGUCCGAAAGAAAAAAUGUUCGUGUGAAGCACCAUCAACGUGUGCACGUUCAUUUUGAUGCUUUUAGCAGCAAGUGGAACAAGUGGUUCAACGCUCGCGACUGGAGGUCAAAGCGACUCCAGCCUUUGCAUACUCAGACUUCGAUACCGACGGACGUGUUUGAGGUGCAAGUUGUGCACCGGUUUAUAUCCUAUCCGUCGUCGUCGAAGCCAGGGCAGGACAGUAGCGAUGAUCCCUCAUCCACAGAAGAUAUUGUUAUUCCAAGCUCGCAGAAUCUCAGCAGUUCAGCCACACAUGAGCAGCCAUCGUUGAAGGUGUUUGGCACUCCUUUGUUUGUAACUAUUGCGUCUGACAAAACGGCACAAGAUAUGCAUCAGGCACUUUUAUUGCAGACUGCUCGCUUCUGGCGAAGUUUCAAUAAUGAUCUUGGACGUGUCAAGAACAAGCAAGACAAGGGUGUCAAAAUAUCGAAGCUACCGUAUGAAGUCCGCGUUGUGAAUUUGGAGAGUUUGACUAGUGAGCGUGGCGAAUCCUUACCCAUUAACUCGAGUGCGUUGCUGCAACAUUUUUCUACGCGCAGUGUUCUUGCGCUAGACUGGACAGAUUACCAUGAUUAUACAAACCAUGAAGUACGUGUACCCGAUGACGCGUCAGAAGGAGUAGUUGAAGCUGCUGAAAAGGAUCCAAGCUUGCGCGCUGACCUUGAAUCACAUACACUUUCCAAGCAAGCGACGGAAAAUACGCAAGGAAGUGAACCAGUUGCAGACGACGAUAGUCCACCGAGAUAUGCUGUCCCAUUGAUGAAGUGUAUGGACGCUUUGAUGUGUGAGGAAUCGAUUUCGCUGGAUGACCAUUGGGUAUGCGAGCGGUGCGGUGUUCCUCGCGAAGGCACACGGUUGUCCGCAAUUUGGCGGCUUCCUGAUCUAGUGAUGAUACAACUGAAGCGAUUUCAGUACCUUGAAAACCAACACAAACGAAAGGUGCGCGCACUUGUUGAUUUUCCACUAAAAGGUCUCGACUUUUCGAAAUGGAUGAGCAACCAGGAUGAAGCAGAGUCGUCAGUGUAUGACCUGUACGCAGUAGCGAAUCACGUUGGUGGGCUUACACGUGGGCAUUACACAGCUUACUGUUGCUACGAUGCCGACUUCCCCGAGAGUUCGGCGCUUUUCACAGUAGGUGAAGAACAUGUAGAUGUUCAGUGUCCCGAACUGUGGUUUCGUUUCGAUGAUGAGAAGGUCUCAGAGAUUGCAGCGGGCGAUGUUGUGACGGAUGCUGCAUACGUAUUGUUUUAUAAACGCCGAACACUGUCUUCUCACAAUGUACUUCGAUACGCGCUCUAG